AAAAAGUAAAUCAGGAAGUGUGUGUGCAAGAGGGGCAUGCGUGUGCAUGCAUGAAGAAACUGCUUUAAGUGAUAGAAAAUGGAGACACCUGACAGUGUUGGUGAAGGAGGCGAGGGUGCAGCAUCACAGUCAACCUUCUCUGGGCAAACACCUCGGAAACCUAACUGGACUUUGUUGGAGGAAGCUGUUCAGAUGAAAACUGAGGGCAAUGCUUUUUACAGAGAGAAAAACCUGCGCUCAGCUAUUAGACGUUACCACAGUGCCCUGCUCAUCCUCCGGAGCCUGGACUCAGACGUGAUGUCAUCUCUAAAGGGACUUGGGCCAGUGGCACAUCCUCUCUCACCAGAACAAGAGACUCUACUGAGAAAUACACAAAUAGAUGUGUUCAACAAUUUAGCUGCUUGUUUGCUGCAGAAAGAGAAUAUCAAUUAUGCCCGUGUUCAAGAAUAUAGCUUACGUGUUUUACAGUGGCAACCACAUAAUGUAAAAGCUCUGUACAGAGCAGGAGUGGCCACACUAGAGCUGGGAGACGCUCAAAUGGCAAAAAUGUAUCUUUCACAAGCCUUCAAAGAACAACCUAAUGAUGUAAAUGUAAAGAAGUACCUCCAAAAAGCUGAGGAGAGGCUGAGCCAGGAGUUGCAAAAAGAGAAGGCCAUGUAUCGUGAGAUGUUUUUACCCAGCAUCAAGAGCUGCUCUGGAGAUGAAGUUAACCAAAAGAAUGAGAGUGGUGAUUAAGUCUGCCUGGUUUGCCAAGCAAAGACAUUUGGUUUGGGACAGUCCGAAUCCGAAUUAAGUUCUAGUAAGAUAUAGUAAGGUGUAGUAUAAGAAUAGUAAGAUUGGCUGCCCCGUCUGUGUUGUUUUCUCACAUAUCACCAUUACGUGCUGUCUGUGUUAAUUCUGUCUGAUGUUGUGCUAGUUUUGAUCUGACAGAAGACCAGAGACCACAGGUGAGCUUGAACAAAGGCCAGGUGAGAGGAGAACAGGUUUCACAUCUGCCUUCUAAUCUAACUAUGUAUGGUUGCUUUAAGAAUGUCUGUACACUGUUAACAUGGAAAUUUAGAUGGAAGGAAAGUGAAGCCUGUUUGAAAAAUAGAGCCAAAGUUUCCUAGUGGCUCAAAAGUUUCUUUCUGAAAAAAAUACCCUCCGGUUCAACUGUAUGUUAUUUCAUACACUGCUGUAAAUGUUAAUUAAAAUGUUUUGUUUCUAA